AUGCGUCGUAACUUGGAAAUUUUCCAAAAAUCCACUUGGACGUGUCAAACAGAAGUGAGGACAAGAAAGAUGAAUAGCUCCACUGUAGCUGCACAUCAUUAUGCAUUGCCACUUUUCUCAACUCAAGUUGAUUUAGAGGAUAACACGGUGUCUAGUGUCGGAGAAAACAGCAUCCCACAAGGAACACAACAGCUCAGCUGCAGACAAGCAACAUUAACGGGACACAUACCAAUCACCGAAUUCGGUCCUCGAAGGUUCCGCCGACUGAAUUAA